GUCUCUGGUCCUUUUGUUACUUAGGCUGGAAAGUUAGGAUUUUCCUUUCAAUUCAGUUCUAGGAAGUCAGCAUGAAAUGGUCUUAGGUUCCCUGCCUCCAGACCCUAUUUUCCUGCCUCAAUCCUGGUGGGCCCUGAUCCAAUACUGGUGUCCUUAUCGGAAGAGGAGAUUAGGACACAGAUACACACAGGGGAGACAACGUGAAGACACAGGGAGAGGAAGGCCACCUACAGUCAAGAGAGAGGCCUUAGAAGAAACCAACCCUGUGGUCGUGAGAAGCCAGUAGUGAUUUCUUCUGACUUGAGCCUGCAGUGUGCUGUGAGAGAUCUACCACUAGAUUACCUCAACUUUGGUCUCCUGGGACCACUCAUUGCUGACAGUCAGAAAUUGCAGGGCAUCUGAUCUCCUGGUGUUAAAAUCUGUCGUGAUACCGAGGAAGGCCCCGAGAUCCCAGGCACUGAGUGACUGCAUACUAAGAAAAAGAACUCUGAAAUGAAAUUGAGGAUUUGAACUUCACACAGCUGUUUGAAGGAGAAAAAGGAAUUUUUAAAAGGAGAAUGAAAGUGUCCUUGUCUCUAGAACUGAAGCAACUUGGAGGAAUGAGUGGAGUCUUUGUUUAGUGAGUGAGUUCUCAUGAGAUCUGAUGGUUUUGUAAGGGGCUUUUACCCCUUUUGCUCAGCACUUCUCCUUCCUGCCAUCAUGUGAAGAAGGGCAUGUUUGCUUCCCCUUCUACCAUGAUUAGAUGCAUGGUGAUGAUCAUUUGGGGUACUGGUUUUGGUUGAUGAAAAAACAAGGAAGCUCAUUUUGCAAACAUUGAAGGAAAAUAUUUUGCUUCACAUUUGAAGACCUGAAUUUCAAAUCUCAACACAGGAAUCUGAAUCAAUAUGAGCAGCUAUGAAGCUCUGCCUUGAAUGUGUUCUUGUGUUUCCAUCCUGAAGAGGCUGAAGUGAACAUGAAAUUAUGGCACUAACAUAUAUAUAUAUGUAUCAUAACCAUUGUUGUUGCUAUUGCUAUUAGUAUCUGUAUUACACUGGAUAAUUUCUGCAACACUUGUACAUGCAGUACCUCAUUUGGUCCAUACCUUAUAAGGUAUUAUUCUGCCCAUUUUACAGCAGAUUAAAUGACUUGCCCAGGGUCACCUAACUAGUAAGUGACAGAACAGGAACUCAAAUCCAGAUCUUGGACCUUGAUGUCUAUGUUCAUUCCUUACCAUUAUGAAACUUAAUUGCAUGUUUUAGCAUUUCUGAAUUUCAUCUUUUCACUGGAGGCCUGAAUUCUGGCUCAAUGACUUUCUCUCCCCAAGCCUAUAUUUUUAAAUCUGUAACAUGCGGUAUAACGAUAACUAGUGCAUAGAAUUAUUGUGGAGGAUUAAGUAAGACACUGGGUAUGAAAGUGCUUUGUAAAACUGUACACUAUUACACAAAUGUGUGUUCAUUCCCAGCUCUCUUUCUUUAAAUGAGAUAUGGUGGUGCGUAAUGAUCGAAGCAGGGACUUGGAGUCUGGUGUGCCUGUAUUCAAAUCUGACUGCACCACUUACUGUCUGCCAGAUCUUGGAUAAAUUAUUUAAUCUCCCUAAACCUCAUUGCCCUCAUCUGUGAAGUGAGGAGACUGGGUGUGACCCAAAAUAAGUUGAGAGAUUUCACAUUCCCCUUCCCAGUGUAAACUACUGAAUAACAGGAUGCCAGUGUCUAAUAGAAAAGGGUGCGCAGUCACAUAAGGAAAUGCAGGACCAAAGCAAAGGCCCUUAAGAGGUAAAAGAUGGGACAUCCAGGAAGCCAAGGUGCCUGGAGCAGAGAGAGAACUGAGAGGGCAUCCAGGAGGCCAACGUGUCAUAGUUCCCGACAGAUUAUAUUCUGAGUUAUCUACAAACUUUUUUGAGUCACUUGAAGAUUUGUCUUUACACUCUGAUUAUAGUUUCCACCAGCCUAUGCAGACUGCCAACUGAAUUCUUGCCGCCAGGAUGGGGAAACAGAACAGCAAGCUGCGCCCGGAGGUCAUGCAGGACUUGCUGGAAAGCACAGACUUUACAGAGCAUGAGAUCCAGGAAUGGUAUAAAGGCUUCUUGAGAGACUGCCCCAGUGGACAUUUGUCAAUGGAAGAGUUUAAGAAAAUAUAUGGGAACUUUUUCCCUUAUGGGGAUGCUUCCAAAUUUGCAGAGCAUGUCUUCCGCACCUUCGAUGCAAAUGGAGAUGGGACAAUAGACUUUAGAGAAUUCAUCAUCGCCUUGAGUGUAACUUCGAGGGGGAAGCUGGAGCAGAAGCUGAAAUGGGCCUUCAGCAUGUACGACCUGGAUGGAAAUGGCUAUAUCAGCAAGGCAGAGAUGCUAGAGAUCGUGCAGGCAAUCUAUAAGAUGGUUUCCUCCGUAAUGAAAAUGCCUGAAGAUGAGUCAACCCCAGAGAAAAGAACAGAAAAGAUCUUCCGCCAGAUGGACACCAAUAGAGACGGAAAACUCUCCCUGGAAGAGUUCAUCCGAGGAGCCAAAAGCGACCCAUCCAUUGUGCGCCUCCUGCAGUGCGACCCGAGCAGUGCCGGCCAGUUCUGAGCCCUGCGCCCACCAAUCGAAUUGUAGAGCUGCUUGUGUUCCCUUUUGAUUCUUCUUUUUAACAAUUUUUUUUUUUUUUUGCCAAACAAUAUCAAUGGUGAUGCUGUCCCCUGUGCGGUCUGAUGCGCCUUCCUCCGUGACGCCUUCAGCUUCUUUUGUCGUGGAUGCUUCGUGGGAAUGCCCAGAGCCCCAGUGUGCUUGUGGAGAGCAUGGACAGACUUCGUGGUGUUCAUUGUUUGAUGAUUUUUAAUCGUUACUAUUUUUUUUUUAUUCUAAUGUCUCUGUUCUAAAACGUAAGACUCGGGGGUUGGGGCAAAAGAAGGGAAACCCAUCCAGUCCUGUGAUUCUAUUGCAAGCUUCAAGGGGCUUUUGUUUGAAAGACAAAACUCCCCACCUGGGUCUGUUGUCACACGUGCAGUAGGGGUGAUGGAUGGCACCGGAUGCUGGAUUCCCCAAGAACAAGUUACCCUCUGGGGUGAGGCUAUUCCAGCGAGCUGGGACAUUUCCCCAUGGGGGCCCACUCCCCUCUCUUCCCCAGCAGGCUGUAGUUUCUAAGCUGUGAACAUUUCAAGAUAAAUUAACAGAGGAGAGGAAAAAGAUGGCUCAGCUAUUUUUUCACAGGUUUACACUAGUUGAGCUAAUAUGCGUGUCUUUGGAAAUUAAACACAAAUGAUAACAUAUUCCAAAACCAGACCCAUCUUGUUGCCUAUUGUGAUAAAAUAAAAAGACGGCUGUAUAUAACAUAUUGGGUAAUGCAGACCAAAUUAAGUGUUUUGCCUUGUUUAAAUGAAAUGCAUGUUUAGUGAGCACUAAUACAAUCUUAUUCCAGAAGACUGUUUUUAGUAGCUUAUUGUGAAGUAAGACAACUAUAAUGAAUGUCUGUCUUGUUUUGAAGUCAUAUCUGUCUUUGCACAAAUGUACCAAUCGACAAGUAUAUUUUAUAUAUUCCAUAAAAAUACAAAGUAACCCUGACUAGGGCCCAACUUUAAUUUUGAAUGCAUUUCCAGAGUGGCCAUGCCUAGAGGGCAGAUGCAGAGCAGGUGGUAGUGGGACAGGACAAUUGGAGCACAGGAAUGUUAACAUGUAUGACAGGGGACCAGUAGGGUGGUUUGCCUCUCAGGCCCAGCAGCCCAUUGACAGCAUUAGACUGGCGGCAUGGUGCUUUUCUGAGCAGAUCAAUACUCUGCAGACUCGAAAAAACAUCACAUACAUUCUUGGAACUUCCCAGUGGUUUAAUCUAUGUGCAUGGUUAGGGAGCCAGGUCUGGAAUAUUCAGUUUCCCUGCCCCUGUUAAAGAAUCAGAGGUUGGGCAGUCAUCAAAUUCAUCAUAAAGACAUGGGCAAGCGUGUCUGUGGUUUCCAAGGCCCCCCUAUGGAGAAUCCAAAAGUAUUUUCCAUUGCCGUGCUCUUUGAAUGCAGACUUCUAUUUCCAGAAGCGACAGCACAAGUCUGAGUUGCUGUUUGGUCUGGUGACCUCAGACACACUAAUUUGAAUUGAAAGCUAAGAGUAAAAAUUUGCUGGUUACAGGCGAGUCAUACUCUUGCAAGUAGUUAGCAAAGGGAGGCCCAAAUUCUCAAGGUUGUUGAUGGGGACCUUGCCACUAAGAGAAGGCAGAGAGGUCCCUAGUGGGUAUAUUUGCUGCCAAGCCACUUGCCAAAGAAGAGGAACCACAGAAAGAGAGACAUCAUGACCAGGAGAAAAAUGUGGCUAGACAUGCUAACCUCCAGGUUUUUAUAUAUGACUUGAGUCUGCUGUAAUUGGCAGCAGAAAUCCAAAUUUGUAUGGUAGACCAAAAAGAACCAAAUCCAUAGGGUGAAAUUUUGAGACCUAGACUCUGUAAAAAUAAUCCUAGUCUUCCUCCAGGGGUCAGUUCCUCACAGUGGUUCUGUACCAAGACUUGCGAAAUUCCUCCAUGGCCAAGUGUUAAAAUCUGUGUUUGGAAAAUAGCGAAUUAACCUAAGACACAGAAGGCAGACUGGGUGAGGAGACCUAGCAUGCCCUAUUGGCAGUGCUCAGGAGCUGCAUCCCACUUUUCCCUGCUCUGAAUCGAAGUCCUAGUUCCUUCCUUUGAUUCUCCUUUGGUAGGUGGAAUCAGUUAAUGUUUUGAGAAACCUGCCUGGGCUCUGCCCUUAGUCAUGACAUCUCGCUGAGCCAGACCCACUCUGUUCCUUGGAACCUAGAGCUGGAGUGAGGAGUAGAGGUCUCCAGCUAUUCCAGAAAGAAAAGUGAGCCACAUGCAGGCUGAUGAAUGCCGACACUUCCAGAAUGUAUAGAAAUAGUCCCUGUCCUGGCCUGCCACUGACCCUGUCUGUAUUUUCUCGGAGGUUGUUUUUCUCCUUCUCCUUCCCAGGAAGGUCUUUGUAUGUCGAAUCCAGUGCACUCAAGUUUGGCCAAGGGACUCCACAGCACCCAGAAGACUGCAUGCCUCAAGGUUUAUGUCACUCCUCUGCUGGGCUGUUCAUUGUCAUUGCUGUGUUCAGGGACCUUUGGAAAUAAAACCUGUUCUGUCCCAAAUAAAACCAGCCUGUGAUGUUCAAGGGACUGGAAUAAAGUGGCUUACGACCUGAA